AGACUGCCAUUGCUGUGUAAAUUAAACACAACACUUUUACGUGAUCAUGCAAGCCUUUUGCUGCCGACUACCGUUCCGUAGCGGUAGCAUGGUGACUUGACAUUCACAACUCCUCGAAACUCUCAACGUCCCCGCUGCCAUCGAUACCGGUAGUGGAAAUCGGGUUGGGGCAAGGAGUACUCGGGUACCCUACUGUAGAUGGGGAACGGAGUUGUCACAAUGUCUUGGACGACCAUGGCAGCAUCUAGUACUGGGCCCGGAACGCGCUAGCCGAGCCCGCGAAACUCUUUUUUUCAAUCUCCCUCAUUCUCCCGAUGCGGUUCAUUUUUCCUUUGUUUCCCGCUUCUCCACCCAUUCCCUGUCCUAAGUUGUGUUGAAUUGUGCUCUGGGACAAAUCAUCCUUUCUGGAUUACUGUUCAAUACCUGUCGUACUGGAUCCCGCGGGACAAUGAGUAUCCGAUCAUUGAUGGCCCCGUUGCUGACUUGAUCCAUUUACUGCCAGCGAGUCAGCACGUCAACUGGCAAACAAGCAACCAUAGCAAACAAAGACCAAAACGAAGGCCAUCUUGCAGGAUAGGGAGGGAGAAAGCGAGAGGGAGCAAACAAAACAGCAAUGGCGAAACCGUUUAACUCGUCACACAUUCAGUUUGGGGGUCAAGUGUUCAAUGAGACACUUCUGCGGGAGUUCAGUUAUGGUAUGGUUUUGCCCCCUCCCCCCUCCUCCUCCUCUCGACUUCCAACAAGCAAACUAACGUGGGUUGCCCCGAAAAGGAAUAUACUCUAAUGGCACCCUCUCCAACAGCUCCCGUUGCUACCUCGUCUUCGAUAACUAUAAGCCUUGGAUGGCGCCAAACGGCAGCGUGUUCAACGGAACCAAGUGUGACUCCCCCAUCAACCCCAUCGCCACCCGGGGCGCCCUGGGAAUCACCUUUGCAGUGCUCUACGCGGUGGUGAUAGUCUUCGUCUGCGUCCACCUCCGCAAGCACGGUGCCACGCACCUACCCCCGGAGAAGCGGUUCCUACUGGUGUCAAGGCGAUGGCAGUGGUACUGGCUGAUGGUUACGUGCGCUUGCGGAAUGAUCAGCGGAUUCACAGCUGUUGAUAUUGAUAGGGAUCACCUUAUGGGCACGCCGUUCAUUUUGUCUGUGUUGUUCUAUUGGGUGAUGGUCCCCACAACUCUUGCAGCCGUUUGGGAGUCAACAAGGCAUUGGGGGUCGUUCUUGGAACGGCAGACUGUGGAGGGUAGCCCCUUCAAGCUUCCGCAGGAGGAUAGAAGGUCCAAGAUCGAGUUUUAUGCUCCAUUAGUAUUCUACUUGUUUGCAUUUCUUGUGUGCCCCCUCCCCCCCCUCCCCCUAACUCUCCGGGGUGGACCCUGACUAAACAAACAAACAGACAUUCUUCCUCUCAAUCCUCCGCUCCUGGAAUCCCAUCCGCAAAGGCUUCAAAUCCGCCAUAACCGAUCCCCGCUUUCGCGCCUCCGCAAUCUUCUCACUCAUCGCUCUUCUGGUAAUCGUGUUCUCACUGUGCGUUAGCAUCCACUACUACAAGCCGCUAUCCCGCCACGUCCCGGCCAAGAUCCCGAUCUGCAUCGCCCUUGCCUUCGUCCGUGUUGUGUUCGCUGUCGCGUGUUCCUGGGAGGCCGACAUCAGUCCACUGUCUAUACAUGCUUCCCCCGCGUACGUCUAUGCGCUGGGGUACUUGCCCAGUUUGGGCAUUAUGCUCACAAUGAUUGUGGCCGGCUAUAGGGAGAUGAACGAGGAUUUGUUUAUCAAGAAGUUGAGGGAAGAGAGGAUUCAGUUGGCGGACGGGGAGAUUGAGAAGGGGAGGAGAGAGGAGUUGAAGAAGAAGAAGGAGGAGGGGCUGAAGAAGGUUGGGGAGUGAUAUUCGGUGGAGUACGGGGAGAGAUGUAAUUUUUUCGGAUGUUCAAUUGCUUGGUCAUAGGGGGCAACCUACACUCGUAGCCUGCUGUUUUCUUCUAUCCCUUUUCUUUUCGCAUGGCUCGGGAUAUUAACCUUUCUUUCCUUCUUCCUCUUUCCAUUUCGACUAUAUAAAUAGGGACGCCGGUGUUUUUACAUCUUUCACUUUUAUUACCCAUCUAUCCAUUCCUUUCUUCCCUUCCCUCUUUCCCCCCACCUCUCCCCUCGUUUCUCUAAAGUAGAAAUGAUAUAACUUGUACGUCUACCACCAUACCGUACCAUAAAAUACAAGGCAAUACAGUGCAAUGCUCGUACAGAGCGAUAUCGCGCCGUACAAUGAUGUAGCUCAGCACAAUGGCCUCAUCCAUCCGUUUCUCCACUGACAAAGCAAUUGCACUCUUGUUCACUUCACUUCCGUACACUUCAUUGAACUACACUUUACCCUCUCUACUUUGCCGAAAACAUGGCACAUGUCCUAACAGAAUUGGACCAAGACACAAAUUACCCUCAUUCUCUCCCCAAUAAACUUAACCGUUAUAACACCGCCACCGACGUCAUAGUAUUAGUAUCGCAAGCGAUCCGCACGCGGGCGCGCGCGGGUGA